AUCCAAUAGAAAACACCUCGGGCCUGAUCAGCCGACCGGCACAGAGUGCACACCAUCGCUCCAGUCCAAGAACCUGGCCCGCACCACCUCCACAGCGACACCUAACAGCCAAACUGCAGGGAGAGGACACCAAACGGCUGGAGGAAAGCGGCUGCAACAAACUCUUCAGCGCAGGGGGACUUACAGCAGCCACACAACAGAACCCAGACAGACAUGACUUGAGGAACCAGCUUGGGUCUCAUUGA